AUGGGACAGUAUGGCACUCAAGACCAGGCCAAAGAUACAGCUGCAGUGUCAGCUAGUUCCGGACUUGCGGUCCUGAAUGCAUUCAAAACACACUGCUCGGGCACACGAACCAACACCGAGCUGGCCGUACUUGAGAGUCUUCGCUUAAUCCAUCCGGACAAGCAUAUUGCUGUACUCUCCCUCCCGCAUGUCGAUCUCCUAGGAUUUGCCAAAGCAGGACAUGCAAAGGCUCAUCUCUGCACCGCAGACCACAGUUACCACAUCACACGAUUAUACUCCCCACCUCGGACUCGCAUGACCAGUGGAGCUGGCAAGCUUGAUGAAAGCGUCGAUUUUGGCCUAUAUAAUUACAACUGGCAGAACCAAGAUUUCUUGCUCUACCGCAUUGUAUGGCCUGAUCCUUUCGAUGGUACGCAAACGUUCCAUUGUCUACUCACGGACAAGGUCGAAGGCUCCAGCAGACACUCUGAUAUCACCGAUUCUCUCAUAAUUGCCUGUGGAAAGUGGACUGGCGAGCUGCACGAGGAGAUAUAUGUCUUCGACGCCGGCCGAUGGAUCAAGAACGAGAAGCUCUGGCAGGCUGUCCAGACUUCAUCCUGGGAUGACGUUAUCCUUGAUCCAUUAAUGAAGGAUACUCUUAUCGGCGACGUGCAUUCCUUCUUUGACAGCCGAACAGUCUACGAAGAGUACUCGGUUCCGUGGAAGCGCGGCAUCAUAAUGCAUGGCCCGCCCGGGUGCGGUAAAACGAUCAGCAUCAAGGCGCUCAUGAACAGCUUACAAGCAAAAGAUGUGGCAUCGUUGUAUGUCAAGUCUUUUGAUGCCUGUCAGGGAUUGCAACAUUCUAUCCGAAACAUCUUCUCUCUUGCCAGGACAAUGGCUCCGUGCUUGCUGAUCUUCGAGGACAUCGAUAGUCUGGUAAAAGACGAAGUCCGCUCGUACUUCCUCAACGAAGUCGAUGGUCUCGACUCGAAUGACGGCAUCCUAAUGAUCGGGAGCACCAACCAUCUCGAGAAGUUGGAUCCUGCGAUUGCGAAAAGACCGUCUCGCUUCGAUCGUAAAUACUGUUUUAGGCUACCUGGUCAUGCGGAGCGAGUACUGUACUGCGAGUAUUGGCGAGGGAAGCUGCAGCGACACAAAGACUUGGGCUUCACAGACGAGGUCUGUGACAUCGUCGCGUCUCUCACAGAGGAGUUCAGCUUUGCUUACAUGAAGGAACUAUUUGUGCAAGCCUUGCUAGCCAUAGUAGGAGGCAGGACUAAUGUGGAGGAAGAGAUUGACGAGAGCGCUAUUUCGACGACAGAGCAGGCGACCAAAGCUGUGGAAGACUCUUCCAGGCUCGCGAGAGGGAAUGAGAAGGUGGUCAACGCAAGUGGCGAUGCCAAGGAGCUACCAGAGGAGACUGCAAAGGCAGAUGAGAAGCCCAAGCGUAAGCCUCGGAUAGUGCCUGAUGUUGUUAUACCAGAGCAUCUGCAGAGCAAUGCUCUACUUCGGCUGCUUAAGCGGCAAGUCGUUGCGUUGGUGAAAGACAUGGACGACUCUCCUGAUGACGAGACGGGCGAGCAGCCGAAGAAGGCUAAGGUGUUAACAUAG